UUCUAGUGUCUUCUUCCCCUCAGAAUAUUUCCAAUUCACUCUCUAAAUUAAGCCUAUUAUGUCAAUGGCUAAAGUUUACAAUAACAAAUCAAACCUAAGUACAACUUCUUCUUCUUCUUCUUCUAUUAAUUCCUCUAACUGUUAUGUGAGCCCAAGUAGAGAAAUAUUCACUUUGUGGAUGAAAUCUCUAGUCUACCAUGGAAAUGGAUGCACUGUUUAUGACUCAAAAGGCCAAAUUGUUUAUCGAAUUGACAACUACAACAUAAAACGUAGCAAAGAAGUCCAUCUCAUGGAUUCCAAUGGCAGAGUGCUCUUUUCUAUUCGAAAUAGGAAAGUUCCAGUUUUUGGCCAUUGGGAGGGCUAUAAAUGGAGUUAUGAUGGAGUGACUAGUAAGGAGAUACCGUGGUUUCAAGUGAAGAAAAUUCACAAUGUCCGUAGGGGAGAUAAUAUGGACUACUAUAAUGUUAUAUUGGGAUGUAAUUCUGAAUCAAGUUGUUAUAACAUUAUCCUCGGCACAACAUCAAUUAAGAUUGUGAACCAACAUGGCAGACUUGUUGCAGAGGUCACUACUACUUCAACUGGGGAGCCCGUUGCUGCACCACACCCCCGGGAAACUAAUAUGGUUGCAGAUCUACUGGCGGAAUACAGAAGGAAGUCUAUGGGACCUUAUAUGGAAAGAAACACUCCUUAUGUUUUUGAAGCAUCUCCUUCUUUUGUAACUACUACUCUAGAUAGAGAUGCUUGUGGAACUAUUUGAUACAAAUCAGUUCCUUUAUGUAUGUCUACGGACGAACCUUAAUAUAUAAAUAAAAUCCUUUCGU